AUGCUUUUUUCUUGUCGCGGAGACAAAGCGUUUGCAGCCUUUCUGACGGAUGAAAUAAAAGAGGAGAAGAAGAUCCAGAAACAUAAAUCCCUGCCCAAGAUAUCUGGAGGGUGGGAGCUGGAAGUCCAUGGCACAGAGGCCAAGCUGGUCCGGAAAAUAGCUGGGGAGAAGAUAACGGUUACGUUCAACAUCAAUAACAGCAUUCCGCCAUCUCUUGAAGAAGAAGAAACACAAGAAGAGCAGAAACCUGAUGAGCAGGAGCCUGAUAUUACAUCAACUCCAAACUUUGUUGUAGAAGUAAUAAAAGAUGAUACAAAACAGACCCUUGUUCUUGACUGCCAUUAUCCUGAAGAUGAGGUCGGACAGGAGGGAGAGGACGAAAGUGAUAUUUUCACAAUUCGAGAGGUCAGCUUCCAGCCCGCUGGAGAAUCAGAUUGGAAGGAAACCAACUACACCCUCAAUACAGAUUCCCUUGACUGGGCUCUGUAUGAUCACUUAAUGGAUUUCCUGGCUGAUCGAGGAGUGGACAACACAUUCGCUGAUGAGUUAAUUGAGCUCAGCACUGCACUGGAGCACCAGGAGUACAUUAAAUUCCUUGAAGACCUUAAAAGCUUUGUCAAAUGUCAGUAGAUUAGGAUAGGAAACUAAUCGUCAAAUGGGGGUAUUGCACAGCAGCGCUCCAGCUAGCAAUGCCCAAACAUAUAUCUUCACAACAGAUACUGAGAGUAAGUAACUUUGAAUUAGGAUAUGAGGAUCGUGGGGGGAAAAUGAGGAUUCUCGCAUGUAUUUUGGGAUUUGUAUUUAUGCCCAGAUCAAGUUUUAGAACGCUACUGCCUGGAAUUGCCUCACCCCACUUGGUGUUUUUGUACAAUUAUGAAUGAAUGUGAAGAAUAAAAAUCUGUUCAAUGUAUCACUGCA